AUGGUUGGCCAGGAUGAGGACGACAUCAUGCUGGAGCUGCACAUCGCUCUCGCCCGCCGUCGCAGCCGCCGUCGCCCGCCGUCGCACCCGCCGUCGCACCCGCCGUCCCCGCCGUGGCCCCCCGUCUUCCCCGUCCCCGUCCCCGCCGUCUCCGUCCCCGCCGUCCCGCCCCCCGUCCCGUCCCCGCCGUUCCCGCCACCCCCGUUGUCCCCGUCCCCCCGCACCCGCCGUGCACCCGCCGUUGCACCCGCCGUGCACCCGCCGUCCCCCGUGGCCCCGCCGUCUCCCCGUCCCGUCCCCGCCGUCGCUCCCGCCGUCCCCCUGUACACCUUGUGCGAUUCGGGGCUCACUUCGUUAACGGUGGUACGCGGUGCGCGGGACUACUCCCUCGGCGGGCAUCCCAAGACGGAAUACAUGCUCUGGUGGUCCUCCCCAACGGCUCCCGACACCCGUCAACACUUCUUAACCCAACAUGCUCCAUACCCUAUCAACCGCUUUAUGAGAACCUUGAUGGGACCACAGGCAGAGGCCGAGGAGGACAUUCGGUUCAGCACCAUUCAAAACGACGCGAACGCCAUGGGGAUUGCAGUGUGGGGCAAUCCGGCCCGCAUGAACUUCGGCAUGUGGGAUAUUACUUGCAUUUCCACCCUCAACGCCGCCCAUCAUCUCCGUCUUACCGCCCUUUCGGGUGAUAUAUGUGCGGCGAAGGUUUACUACACCAUCUAUUUCUUCCAUGUCCACGGUUUGCUGCGGCGUCACGAAGCUGCUCGCUACAUAGUUCGAUACUACGCUGGAGACUCCCUUUACCUCCCCGACGACACCCAACUCAGAGUCCUCAAGGGUCUUGCACACAAGGGCAAAAGAAUGGCGAGGGAACUUGGUCUCCUCGCAGGCUCCACUCCACAGCCCCUCCUCGACGUUUACCACGCCACCAAGUUCCCAUUCCUCCAUGGCUUGGACUGCGACGACGAUGAGAGCAUCGAUUACUCCUUGUAUAUAGACUAG